AAUAUAAAUGCAUAAUGUUAAGUACAUCUGACUGUUUAUUUAAUUUAUUUUAAGAAACUUCAAAUAUGCCUUACGCCUUUAAAUAAUUAGCAUAUAAUGCCUAUAUAGGUAGAUCGUAUAUGGCAUCAAUCAUACAUAUUAGCAGCUGCAACCGCUGCAACUCCUGGGGCACCCUAAAAAUUUUCCCUAACGACCAGUAACCGAGUCGCAAACAAACUCUGUAUCCGUUUUAUGGUUUCGUUUAAUCGAUGCUCCAUCAAUUAACGAAUGAACAGCACGACGCAUUUCACUCGAAACUUACACUAUUCACGCAAUUCAUGCAGUAUACGCAGGAAAAAGAGUCUGGAAAAUGAAGAGCGUCCGUUUUAACGACGCAAGAGAAGUUAUGGAGCAGAUGCUGCGAGUGCCAAUUUUCCGAAUUUCUGAAAAACGGAUCAUGCUUAUGGAUGGAAUAGAGGAUUUUACUGGUCCAGAUCCAAAUUUGAUUAUGGACGCAAGACAUAAAAUAUUCAAAGAACCAUUGCCAAUGUCACCAUCAAGAAGUUCCAUCCUGGCUGAAGCAAAAAGGUUAUUAUUAGACGAAGAAUCGGAAGUGUUAUUUCGGAAAAAGGAGCAAGAGCUCCUCGAGGCAGAAUUAAGAAAGUUUCAACAACAGUUAUGCAAAUCUCGUCCGAAAUUCCACACUACUUAUAGCUGCACCAGGAAGGCCCUCGCAAAUUCGGAUAACGACAACUUCUGGCGGGAUGUAUGUCCUAAAAAAAAAAGCAAAGAGUUCAGAAAAUGCAAGGGUGAAUCUGGAGAGGAUGAUGCGCAGAACGAGAAUAGUUAUUCGGGUAAUAUAAAAAUUACUAUAAAAGACAAACCGGUGUCCGAAUCCAAAGAACGAAGAAUGGAGACGCUGAGGAAUUACUUUGAAGCAAUGAGGCAAAAUGCUUGGCAGGAGAAGCGUCUACGUGACAUCAAAACUAAAAUUCAAAAAAGUGUUGCGUGUCGAAGACUUCGCCAAUAUUUUACGCUCUGGAAAAUGCAAGUUGACCGAAGGAAGGAACUGGCCAAGAAAAAGAAGGAUGAGCGCGACAUGACGAGUGAAAGAAAAAUAGAACUGUUCGUGAACGCCAUUGCGGAGAAGCAAAAGGAACUGGCGAAAACUAAAAGACUGGCAAGCAAGGAACCGAUGGUGGGAGCGGUGGGUUGUGCUAGUGAACAGGGGGGUGAAACACGAAAGCUUGUAAAAAAACGCGUCUUCACAGUGGACCCACCAGCUCACAAUCGGCUAACUGCCCAGAAAAAGAUCAUCGCCGAGCAAAGAGCAAAACUCGCAGAGCAGAAUAGAAUAAUAGAAGAUAUGCGAUUAAAGCAAAUGGAAAGUGACUCACGGAAAACGAAGAAGGAGACAAUAAAUGUAGCCAAGGAAGCUCUGGCACACUGUGGACGGAAAACUAGAAGGACUUUGAUACAGCUUAUGCGAGAAGAAGGUUGCAGGAACGAACCCUCGGUGGAAGCUCCAAGAUUGCCCAGUCCGCCGCAAUUUCUCCUGAGAAUGGAAGCGCGCGCGGAAGCUCGGCGUCAAAGAGUAAGGAUUGCUGAAGAAGCUCGGCAGCGGAAACUGGAGGAAGAGAAAGAGAAGAAAGCAAUUGCCAGGAAGGAGGAGGAGCAGGAGCGAAAAAGAAUUCAGCUAGAGGCCCAGAAGGAAGCAAAAAGAUUGAGAGAGGAGCACGAACAGCGACGUGCUCGCGAAGCUGAAAAAAUAACGAAAUUGAAUGCGAUGGCCGAUCUAUUUUACAGAACGUAUCUCUUGCGUCGCUACGUUAUGAAGCCCUUCACCAUACUCAUUGAGAUUAAGUAUAAUAAUAUUAAAAAGGCGAAUGACCAUUACGGACUGACGUCCCUCAGAAAAACUUUCAUGGCCUGGAAAAUAGAAUCGCAACGUCAGCAUGAUAUGAAAGUAGAACUGGCAGAAAGUAUUUAUCAUAGAAACUUGAUGUGGCGUAUGUUGAAAGCAUGGACAAAAUACACAGAAGACGGGAAGCAUAAAUAUCAAGUAGCAGGCGAUUUCUAUGAGAUGAGACUUCAGCAGAAGUAUCUAAAGUCGUGGUGCACAAGCGCGUUUGAAAGUAAAAUGAGAACUUUGGAGAAUGAGCAAUUGGCGCACGAUCAUCAUCGGAGGAGAUUGAGAGUGAAGUACCUCGAGAAAUGGAAACGGUAUCCAGAAAUCGCAAAGGAAGUUCAGGAAAGUGAAAGAACAAAGGAUAAAUGGAGAGAAUUGGUUCAAAGAGUCGUUCCAGAUUUUGAUCCGAAGUACAGGGGUGUCAUGAUAGAUGAUUGAUCUACGGUCGUACUAUAGGAAUUAGAAAUAAUUUACGAGAUCUUAGUUACUACGAAUAAAUUUAUACAAUUUAUUAGUAACUUUAAACGUUCAAUGGCCAUU